UGGGAAAAAAAGGUCAAAAAGCGCAGAUGACAAGUCAAUUUGCCAUUAGGACUUUCCAAGCCCACCAGUAGACCACAGAACGCAGCUGUAGAGCGACCUUAUCCUUCUUUCAGUUCAGGCUCUCCAGUCUCUACACUCCACAGAUUCAGAGUAUACGAGAAUCAAAAAUGGAGAUUUAAUUGUGAUUUAUAUUGGCGAAACGCAGCUAAAAUAGGUCCUUUUUUAAACGAUUGCUAUCUAAUCUUCAAGAAAAUUGGAGAGGAGCGUGAAUGGCGGGGGUAAUCAUUGUUUUUUCUUGCUGCCGCGAUGGCACACAGACACAACCACCGAAUUAACGUAAUAGGAAAUACCUUAAUUGCCCUUAAAACUGCCUUGUAGCAUGAUGUGAUCUUAACAACAGUGCCGACUUUUUGUAAAUACAAGUAUCCAAACACUUUCUUACAGCAAUAAUUUCCCAGAACUUUCUGAGAAGGAAAGCCGGUGGAACAUUACAUCCAUAAACGCGUUGUAUUCUAAACUAAAAGUCUUUGGUCACUGGUUCCUGGAACUUGUAUAUAUAUUAAGCAUCUCUUGGCGCUUGUUCUACUCGAUGAAGCUGAAUCUUUAUUUCACAAGUCUAGCAAAAGUCUAGCAAGAUGACAGGGUCGAUAUAUCCGGAGGAUGCCAUGCCUUGGGUGGGAUUGUAUGUUUUUCUAGCAUCUCUUGUUUGCACUCUUGCAAUGGCAGCCGAUGCUUUCCAAGGCUUUCGACAAAGGAAACUGUGGUUUCCAUGCAGAUUUUUCACAAUCAAUGCUGCUUCCCUCACACUGAUAGCAAUUGCAAUGAAGCUACCAGUCGACCUAAACACCGACAUGACUAUGACCUUGACAGUUUCAGCAUCUAGAAGAGUUUUACAACAACAGUACAAGGAGUUGCACAGUUUGGCUUCAAAUCAUCAAGAGAUGAAGAACUUCUCCAACAAGCGACUCAUUUGUUAUGUUAAAAAGUAUUGGAUGAUGGCAGAGACUGGUAACCCCCAAUUUGCAAUUGCUUGUUCACCUGUGUCUUCUGCUUUUGGGAUUAUAUGCUUAUGCCUUGCUUGCAUUUUGGUUUUUAUUUUCGUGGAUGGUUAUAUAUGGGAAAUCGGGUCAUACGGUUAUCUUUUAACAGAAUAUAGGUGGUCAAUGAAAUUAAUUUUUAUCAUGCAAUCAGUUGGGACAAUAGUAGGCAGUAUUGCCCCUUUUUUUAGAUGUUUGACUUCCAUCAGUCAUUUCGACUUAUCCAAGAAAUGGACCAAGAAGCAUCUAAACGUGUUCAGAGUCGAGAAUUAUUGGACUCAAACACUCCAGAUUUGGAAACACAACCAUGUGGGUUCUGGUAUCCCAGGUCGCCAUUGCAAGAAGGUUAUCCGUAAUAUCCGAAAUAUGGUUUUGAACUUUUGUAUAGCACUUCAGAUAAUGAUUGUAGUUAUAUGUAAAACAAUAUGUCUUGUUCCCAGAUCUUUUCUGAUCCUAUUCUCUUGUUGUUGCUAUUUAUACAAAUCGUUGUUGAGAAGGUUUAAACAAGAACCAAAUGCAUCUAAUAGCAAUGUGAUACCAGAUAUGGAAGAAUAUACUGGUUAUGUGCUACACACUGAAGCAGAAACUAAGCUUUCAAGCAAAAUAUUAAGAAAGUCCUUCAACUCUAUUACUCAAAUUCUUCAUGAGUCUGAAGAGAAAGAGCCACCAAAUCUUCUGAAGCUUCUCAAGAAAUCUACAGGAUUCUAUGGAGUAAUAGAGUUCGACAAUGAACAAAUCCCACCUGUACAUCCAGAAGAAAUCCAGAACUGCUGGAGCCUAGUAACCGUAACAUUAACAGCCAUUGCCCUUUCGCUUCCUAACACUGCAAAUGGCCAAUUCAAGGGGUUAAUUUCCAGUAUGAGUGAAGGCAUCGAAUUUGUAAGACAUAUCGAAGAAAGCCUCAAUACAAAUGGUGAGUUGGUAAAGGCAAGAAAAGCAGCUAGACAUGUGUGGACGGAUGUUGAAGUAUACCGCACGUGGCUACAAAUUGAUCUUCAAAAGAAGGCUCGUAAAGGAGACACAUCAAAAGAGAUUCUUCUGUGGUUGGGUGAUGAAGCAGUAAAUACUGUGAUACAGUUCAAGAGAAGCAAAGACGGAAGUCCAGAUCAUUCACUUCGUAACUUCAUUGCUGCAAGUUCAAUGUACCGAAUUAGUCAAACCAUACUACUUCACUGCAAUGAGCAAGAAAAUUGGCCAACAGAUGAGGAACUUUUUGAAUUUAUAUCAACCAUAAUCGCAGAUCUGCUGUGCGCUUGCUUUAGCAACUUACCUCGUGUCAUAACUCUAAGGUGCCAUGUGGAUGCAAUUGAGAAAAGGGAAGAUAGCAUCCGAACUGCAGUGCAGCUUCUUGGUAGAUCCAAAAAGAUCCUGAAAAUUCUCAAAGAACACCAACUUCCCAACUUAGAUAUCGACUCUAUGGGGUACAUUGAUAAGUGGCAUGCAUUACCAAAAAAUCAGAUACCCAAUUGUUGUUUUUCUUCUGCCAGGAGUCAAUUAGCUUCUUCAAGUUCUAGUGAAUCCAUUGAGAUAACUAUUGUGUAACAAGUGUGUUGAUUAUUGAUGGUUGUUAGCAUAUGUUGUGAUUACUGUUUUGAUGUCCAUGUCAACAGUUUCAUACCAUAUAUGUAGAUAUGUGUUUCAACCAUAUUUAAGUUUUUUUUA